AUGUUCGGUGCAAAAAUGCUCCGUGUGUUUAUCUGUGGAGCUCAUAGUGUCGGUAAAACUACGUUGGUGGAUGAAGUGGGAAAGGAGUUGCCGAAUAUUCAUAAGCAGGCUGAAGUAGCGAGAAAAGUCAUCAAGGAUUUAAAUCUACGACGAGAAGACUUUGAUCCGAGGAUUAACCCUGCUAAGUUCGAAGAGCUACAAAUAAAGAUAUUAGAAGCACAGUGUGAAGCUGAAAAGCAAAAUUCAAGGGUUGGAAGAUCGUACAUAGCGGACAGGGGAAUAGAUCCUUUGGUUUAUGCAUUGGUUUACCUCGGCAAAGAUAGCAUGAAAAGACUGUUAAAUUUGCCGUCUUCACAAGAAUGCAUAAACAGGUGAGUCGGUUUGGUUUUUUUCUUUGACUUCUCUCAGGCGAAACUGAACUAAUUAUAGCCUACAGUACGCUUAAAAUAAAUUGUACUUCCACUAAACCAGGACUAUUCGCUACUUACAGAUGUAACGAGAGAGAAAAACACAGUCUUUUAAUACUAUUAAAAGACCUCGUCCAAACUUGCACGGAUCCGAAAUUUGUCCGGACGCGUGCCAAUGCUGUCUUAGAGUGUGCUUAAAAACCGAGUCAAAAUUACCGACAAGGAUCAAAAUUUAAGAAAAUAAUUUCAGGUUGAAGAAAACUUGCUUCACAAUCAGCAACAUCUACGAGCGUCCUCCGGUAACAUAUCACAGUGAAUCAAGGCGAGUGUCUGUAUGAUUGUAUAUUCCAAUCUGUACAACAAAGUUUUGAAACGGAAACUCAAACGAACCGGAAAACCCAAAACAAAAACUUGCUUGACUGUUCUCUCUAUUGUUACUGGCAAAACAUUCGUAAUAGUGAUCGCAAGUUUCUGUUAUAAGCCAAUAAAAUUGUCAUGUUUAGAACCUACAACUUUUUUGUACUGUAUACUCAAAAAAAUGCCUGACAAACCCUCGCGAAACUCGGUGAAAAUUUGCGCCACUCAAACUGAGUGACGGACGGGGUGAGCGACGAUUUUAAGAGAAAGCAAAAACAACAUUGAGAGAGGUUGUAUAAUCCCUAGCCUUCUCUCCAAAAAUAUAAGUCCGAUUACUGUUUAUCAAGAAGCGACCAAGAUCUCUUGUUGCGAAGUGAAAUUGUUGCAGUUUCGUGUUUCCUCAGUUUAUUCCGGCUAGAUGUAAAACUAAGCAUGUUUAUUUUACAUUUUAAAUUGAGUAACACUGAUAGUGGUGACCAUGAUAUCUAUACGAAUUCUGGUCUUGCGACAGUCUCCUUGGUUAAACCAAAACAGUCAAAAUAUUGAGACUACUUCUCAGAUGCGCUUCGUCUGGAUCAGUUAUGUAGUGUAAACGGACUUGCCAUGGUCUUGCACUGGUUGUCUACAUUACUAAUUUUAAAUGUUUUAAGUUGAGUGGCGUGGCGUUUGGCUGAAUAGACCAAUUUCGAUAUAUUAAAAUUCAUACUUGGCUGCGAGGCUUGCGGAAAUAAACCAAAAGAAAUCAUCUUGAGGCUCAACAAUGAAUAACACAUUUCUUUUGUUUUAUUCCCCCAAGCCUCGGAGCCAAGUAUGAAUUCUAAUAUAUCGAAAAUUAGAGAAAGGUUAGGUAUGUCUAGUCAACAUUUCUUAUGCUACUGUUGUUCUGACGGAAAUCAUGGAUGUCAUUCGGCAUUUUGUCAAAGUCGGAUUGCAUUUUUUAUUUUCUCAUGUAGCACUGACAUUGACAUUGUUAAUGAACGGGCUGAACAUUCUUCGGUGUGAAUAGGCCAAUUCCGAGUUCGUAAAAUUUUCACUUACAAAAGAGGCUAAGCGUAAAAGCCUUCUUGUGAAAGUGAGUUUUCUUUGGGUGAGAAUAACAAAUCAUUUUCGCAUCAUUCGGACUUCGCACCUAGCCUCGCCCCGAAACAGAGGCUUGGGGCUUUUCGGAAAUGGCCCUCUGCUGUAGUCCACAUCGAUUGCUUAAAAAACGCACCGACAAACUAAAAAAGUAUGUUCCAUUGCGACUGCCCUGAAACAAUGUUGACUACUUAGGAAAGAAUUUUUCAUCAGUCGGGGCUGCCGUGGAAGAGCUUUGAGCUACGUUUCAAGGAAAAGUACUACAUUGGAACAGUUUCGUUUUUCCCGACGGAAACCUCAUAUAUUUUCUCUAAAAUUAAAUCGCUUUAUACGGACACCGGUUAAUACGGACUCGAAUCUGUGUCCCAAGUAACAAAUUCUCAUGUUUCGUCAACCUCUCCCUACGGACGCUGGUUCUGCUCCGCGCACUGUCUAUGACUGAGUAUCUUAUCAUUGGAAACCUAACAGAAACAUUGAAUGACCUUUCAAAGGUUCUGUCUAAUGUUCAUUCCAUCUGGCUGAGUUGCAAACUAAAACCGUGAGUACAAAGUAAAGUCACGGAUUUCAUUGUUGGAUUUCAACAAAAAUACUCGAAAGUAAGUUUUAAUCUGAGACUAUGAUAUGUUCUUAAGGAUGAACUUGUUAAGCUACGUGCAAACAGAUGCAACAACCCCCAACAUUGUUGGGACCUGCAGUGGGUCGUGGAAAGAUACAAACCAUAAAAUUUUGUAAACUCCAAGGAGACCAUGUGUAAUGCGCCGUGUGCGUGGCCUCAAGCUGAGUAAACGGAUCCAACAUUGUUGCGCUACGCUUCGGCGAUUACGGAGCAAAAGAAAUGUUGGGAGUUGUUCGCCCAAAAGUUUGACCGGUUUCAAACUUUGCGCAACAACAUGCAACAGGGUGUGCAACGGGACGCAACAUGUAACAUCCAACAGUGUUGGGAGUCGUUGCCCAACUGUGUUGCAUUCGUUUGUGCGGGGUUUCACAGUUACUGCUAGGAAAUCAAACAACGUUUUCUGGUAAACACGCCUGCGUUAGUCUUAAAAUUGAUGAAACAUGCGUCCGUGGCGGUUUUUUUAGCCUGCGAAAACAGCCGUUUCUCCUCGCUCUUCGCCGCUGUGGACGUUUCGCGCGGAGAAACGUCCGCGAAACGUCUUCAGCAGCGAAGAGCGAGGAGAAACGGCUGUUUUCGCAGGCUAGGUUUUUUCUGACAGUCUGCUUAAUGAUACGGACACCACUGCAUGUCCCUUGGUGUCCGUAUCAACCAGGUGUCAUUGUACUUUGACGUUUCGCUGUGCUUCUGUUUUCUCACCAGCCAGUCAACUUCAAAAAGACUUUCAGCUUUUUAAUCGGUUAAAAUAUUAAUUGUUUUUAGACUGGCUUUUGCUGUUGUAAAGAGCUUAUUUCUCCAUUGUUUCUUCAUCAUACAGAUAUAAGAACUCGCUAGUUUUCGUGGUUCGACCCUUCUCAGAAUGCGUACAGACCGACAACAUUCGCCUCGUUCCGAAGAUGGACGAGUUACUGGACUACACUGACAAGAUGGAAACGAUCCUACGUGACAACGCCAUUCCUUACACGGUUAUUGACGUAUUGGAUCUGAAGGAAAGAGUAAAAAUAGUCAAAGAAAAAAUACUUGAGUAUAAUGGUCUCAAAUUUUCGACGAGGACGGACAAAGAAAUUAACCUCAUUCGAGAUGACUGAUAUUUAAUUGUUCAAUAAUUUUCAAGCACUGUAAAUGAAGUUUUAGUGUUUCAAAUUAAUCUCAGGAGUUUUAACACUUAUGAUGGAUUUUAUAAAAACACUGUGUGAAUUCUAAACUUACUUACGAAAGUAGAGGUCACCAAGGCUGCGAUAAUAUUUAGUGACGUGAAGUGUGUCAGAAGAGAUUUGAACUUGAAUGGAUAAAUAGUUGCACUUUUGAUUUUUUAUCUGUUGCGGUUCAGUUCUGUUCUUGCUUUAAAUUUUAUUUUCCUUUGUUUUCAGGUAAGAAGUUUUAAGUAAGGGAAAUAAAGUUUAAAGCAAGGAUGAAAUUGAACCACAAAAUCGUAUAGUCGGCUCAAUUCUUUAAAUCUACAAAUGCUUUGAAAGUAUAUCUUCAUAUCUUCGUUACAUGUUAUGUAAUCGUGUUAAAGAAAGUUGCUUUUCCUGGAGAUGUCCACAAACAUGUAAUCAUUUUGUCGAUCGUAGGUCAAAUGAAAUGGGCAAAUGUUGCGUUGUCAGUAAAACGCGGGGCUGGGGCCUAUCUUUUUUAAAGAAUGCUGUUUUAGGGUUGACACUAACCCUAACCCUAAAACAGCAUUCUUUUACAAAAAAAGAUAGGCCCCAACCCUGCGUUUUACUGACAACCCAUAUGUUAGGUCUUCGUGAAGGAUACGUGAACCCCGGGGACGCUACCGAUAUUACAAGAUUUUGAAAGUUGCGAAACAAACUGCACUCUUGCACUAUCAGAGCGGCUAGCGUAAUUCCGUAAACGACAGUACAAGGAAGACUUUUAGAGAGAAUCAUUUUAAUACUCUUGAUGAACAGUAUAAAGACAACGAUUAUACCUACAUUUCUUAAUAAUCCUAUUUUUAAAAAUUGUUUAAUAAUAGUUAAUUGUUUAUUUUUCUUCUAGUGCUCAUUGAGGUUCUAUUAUAUCUGAUUAUUAUAAGUUGUAGUUAUUAUGUAUUUAAAUCAGGGGCACCCAGCGGCAAUUUUCGGAAAAUAUCUGUUCGGAAGACGAUUUGAGAUCUAGAAUUUUCGGAACAUUUGUUGUAAAAUUUCUUGCUUGCCUGCCUCUCCUAGGAUUUUCGAACAUAUACAAAAUGGUUAAUUGCCCAUUUUUAACGGAUUUUGACCCUAAAAAAGGCCGCCUAGAAUUUUCGGGAGCCUUUUCCUGGCUGAAAUUUUCGAGAAGCUAAGUUUUUAUCCCUAUAAUUUUCGGAUCACUUGACUUUCAGCUAGGAAAUCCGAACAGAUGAAAAGUUUUUAGGGGAUAAAUAUAUAUAUGCCUAUAUCUACAGUUUAAAUACUAAACUACGUUCAACAAUGCUAUGUUGAGUGGUUUUGAAUGAUAUCCUCGUUGGGUGCCCCUGUUUAAAUGUAUAUUUUUCUGUUGUAAGGUCCACUUGUACAUCAAUCUCGGACUGUAAAGCUCUACUGAAAGAUCCCUCUCCCUCUACUCACAAUUAAUAAGAAAGACCUCAUUCUUACUAAAGUAGAUCUUCCGCUUUGAGAGACGUCGAGGUAGACCUAGGAUACAUUUGAUCUCCAUGCUCUUCUCACAUCCUCCCCGGAGGAUGCGCGGAGAAUAGUUACUGAAUUAAACAGAAAAAAAAACAAAAGAAUGACAUGGGUGUUUCCCUUUUAAGUAUUACGGUCAUGUGUAAAGAAUUCAUUCUUCAGCUGAUUGACAGUGCAGGUGAUAUACAACUUAUUAAUGUACAAUAAUACAAAAAUACUGUACAGAUUUGUAAUUCAAUAAAUAGCC